UGUACACACCAAAAGCACCGUAAAAUCCUCUUAGCAGUGAUUUCCUUCCCUCACACGCUACCUAAAACAUGGCCUCAGUCCUCUACCGAGACGACCGUUACAACCACGACGUCUACACCGUCGACCUCGCCGGAACCUACAUAACCGUCACCGUCACGCCUAGCUCCUCCGUCGUCAAGCGCUGGCUCUCCUCCACGCUCCACUUCAGCCGCCACUUCGUCUACCACGACCGCCUCGUCGUCGGCCUCGGCGUCCAGUGGACUCCCGGCGCCUACGAUCCUCCGCCGGACACGCUGCAGCUCUGCGUCGGGCGCCGCUGCCUCAUCUUCCAACUCACUCGCGCCGACGGAGUGCCGGAGAGCCUCCGCACUUUCCUAAACGAUCCUUCGCACACCUUCGUCGGAUUCUGGAACCACUCCGAUCGGCGGAAGCUUGAGGAGUCGAAGCACCGCUUGGAGAUGCGGAGAGAUCCUCUGGAUCUGAGGCAUUGCUUCCGCGGCCUGUCUCAGGCUUCGGUGGAGGAGAUCGUAGAGAAGCGGCUCGGUUACCGAGUGACGCAAUGGAGUGACGUCAGCAUGAGCGAUUGGUAUGAUAAAUAUCUUAGCAACGAUCAAGUUGCUUACGCGACGGUUGAUGCUCACUGCGCGUUCCUCAUCGGUAGGGAUAUCGGUGCCUGGGAAUUCAACCGGUAACUCUUUUACGCUUUAUGCUUAUUUUAGAAGCUUUCUUUACUUUCUACUUCACGAUAUUAUAUCGGUAAUAGGUAAUAGGUAAUAGGUAGCGUAGAGUAUAGUAGUGUCAAACAUGCUUGCUUUUAGUUUCGCCGGUUGAAUGAUAUUGACGGUGCCGCAGCCGGCGGUGAUUUAGGUUUUCGUGACGUUUUUGCUUCUUUUCUUGUUCUUGUUUUUCAUUAAUGAUGUGAUUUCACAGAA